AUGGAAUGGGCCACAAGAUACAAGGAGGGUACAACAAUAGAUUUCAUCGGUUACGUUGUUGUUUGCUAUAAGAUUGAGGACACUAACAAAAAACAUGGUACUAAAGGAAAACGCCUCAAUCUUAAACUUCAAGAUCUCGGAGAUGUUGAGGUUGAUUUAACUCUUUGGGAUGAUUAUACGAAGGACAUGUGUUCGUACAUGCUUAGUCAAGAUCAUGAAGCCCAUGUUGUCAUUGCUGUUCAUUUUGGUGCUGUUAAAACCUACAAAGGUAAAUGGGGGACAUCUAAUAAUUUUGAUGGUACACGACUUUUCAUUAACGACAAUUUUGAUCAGAUACUGACAUUCAAGGAAAAGUUUAUUGCAAAACUUUCUGCAUCAUCCGAGUCAAGUAGCCAUGUUGGGUCGUAUGUUGUAUGUUCUGUUGAAGAUGAAUUUAUGAACAAUGAUGUUUUCUCACCAAUUGCUUAUCUUGGUUCAGUCAUACAGCCAAAAAAAGUUGUUAUUGUGGGAACUAUUGUAGCAAUUGUUUUUGAUAAGAUGUGGUAUUAUGAUGGAUGUAACUAUUGCAAAUCCAAAGUUGACCAAAAGUUUGAAACUUAUGGUAAGGAUGAUGGUACAAGUGAUGUUAGAGAUGAGAAGGUAUGCCAAUGUUCCAACAAGGAUUGUCAAGGAAAAGAUGUUUUCCCGAUGUCGAGGUUUAAAAUACCAAUUCGAGUUCAAGAUUCAACCGGUACGGUGACACUUACAAUGUUUGAUCAUGAGGCGUUGAAGUUUAUUGGUAAAACUGCAAAUGAACUUAUACAAAUUCAGGACGAUAUACUUAAUACCAAUGAAGUGCCCAGAGCAUAUCCUGUUGAGUUUGACACAUUGGUUAACCUCAAGUGUGCUUUCGUUAUUCGAGUAACAGACUUUAAUAUUACGAAUGCUGUUGAUAAUUAUGGUAUAUCAGUUAUGACCAAUGAUUCCCUUGAUGCCUCUGAUUCGUUUUCUAUGAGUCACUCUGAAUUCCAAGAUGCUGGCGGUGAAAGUGCAAAGGAUGGUGUUUCUUACACUGGUGAUAACUCUACACCUGUUUCAGAGGAUUUUGCUUCUGACUUCAAUCAAUCAUCAAUUGAUUUGAAGCGUAACCUUGGUGAUGUUUAUGUGAGUGAAGACGUAGUGGGAUCGUCGGCAAUUGCCGAGGCAAAAAGAAGGCGUAGAUUAAGAAAACUAUAUCUUGAUAGUAAGAGAUCAAAGAUUAAUCGAAAAUGCAAUCAUUUAAAUUCUUCCUUUAACGGAGAAACUUCCAUUAUAACACCUUCUACUAUUAAGAAGAACGGAAAAGCGGUGCAAGACCCUUAUACAUCACCCAACCGUACACCGUUGUCAAAUGUAUCAAACAUAAUACCAGGAAAUCAUUUCAAUUCUUCAAGAACGGUCACGUCUUCAUCUGGAUCGGUUUUAAGUUUAAAUAGAAAGACCAAUAGAAUAUUGCAACGUCAUCUACUUUACUACUAA